AUGUUUAUGCUUAAGAUUAUUCCAACGAAUAUUCCAACGACAGCAAAUACUAAUACAAUAGCUGCUACGACGACAAAACAACAGUCAUCUGCUACAGCUAGUACCACUACUAGUGCCACUGCUACCGCUAGUGCUACAGCUAGUACCACUACUAGUGCCACUGCUACUGCUAGUGCUACAGCUAGUACCACUACUAGUGCCACUGCUACUGCUGCAGUUAGUGCCAAUGUUAGUGCUACUGUUACUGCUAGUGCUAAUGAUAGUACGACAGCUAGUCCCACUGCUAGUGCUACAGCUACUGCUACUGCUAGUACUACUGCUUUGAUAGCUAUUUGUACCAGUAGCAUUGCUACCACUGCUGGGCCAAUCACACAAAAUAGUAUCGCUACUGCUGCUGCUAUAACGGUUAUUUGUACCAUCAUCAUUAUCACCUGUCCAGUACGUGUAACACAAUCUAAUUAA